CAGCCUCUUGAAUCUUGCUAGUUUAUUUCCUUAAAACAGAUAAGUUCUUCUUCCUAAUAUUCGCGAAUAAGUACACAGAUGCAGUAUGUAAUGCUUGAAAAUAAUUAGGUUUUAAUUUCCACACUGACAAGAAAAAGAAGAAGCAGCGGGGGUGGAACCUUACGAAGCCACAGCCUUCUCCCACAAUCCUUAGCGGCUGGUGAAAAUAACCAACACGGCCAUGUCGUGUCGUAGAAAUCAAUUUGUGGACGGACAACAGAAACUCACUUCUUAACUUUCUCCAGUGGAAUUGCCUCCGAGUUACUGGCCCAAUCCCAACGUAUCAGACGCCAUUUUUGACAGAAAACAUUUUAGGUCAAACCGGCGCGUCGGUGUGUACAAAAGAGAAGGAAAAAUGAGCGGAGGAGGAACGCCGUACAUCGGCAGCAAAAUUAGCCUCAUCUCCAAGGCCGAGAUUCGCUAUGAAGGAAUUUUGUACACCAUUGAUACCGAAAACUCAACAGUAGCCCUUGCUAAAGUUCGCUCUUUUGGCACUGAAGACAGACCCACCGAGCGGCCCAUUCCACCUCGGGAUGAAGUGUUUGAGUACAUCAUCUUCCGAGGCAGCGACAUUAAGGACUUGACUGUUUGCGAGCCGCCCAAGGCGACCAGCAGCCUCCCUCAGGACCCAGCCAUAGUCCAAUCGUCCAUUGGAACCACCAGCAGCACUGCACCGGCGGCAUCAUCGUCCUCGUCAUUCCCAUCUGCCGCUUCGUAUGCUCCCUUCAGGGCCCCUGUCCAAACAUAUGGACAGUUUGGUGUCGCACCUCUCGGAGCUCAGCAGUUUGGUGCUGCCGGAGGACGUACCAGUCCUCAGCUGGACCCUCUUGCGAAGAGUUCCACCCUGGAGCAGGCGGUGCAGGCCCCCGCCUCGGCUGUCCCGUCGGCGCCCGCAAUGGUUGGCCAAAGGAGUCAGAUGGCAGCACCCCCCCGACUUGUCGGCUCCUCCACUGUUAGCCAGAAGCCGCCCGACCUCGUAGAGCAGAGAAAAGCUCCGGAGGCGCCCAGAAUGACUCAAGUGGAUAAUGAACAAAAUGCUAUGGAAAACCGUGAUCCCAACAGGCGUCAAGCCACUGGCAUUCAGUCGAACCGUCGCGGGGGGCGCGGACGAGGAAACCGCAGCCGAGGCAAAAUGAACGUGCGCAGGGACGGACUCAUGAAGUUCGAGGAGGACUUUGAUUUCGAGACGGCCAACGCUCAGUUCCACAAGGACGACAUCGACAAGGAGCUGCAGACCAAACUCAAGCUGAAAGACGACAAGACUGAAAAGGCGCUGAAUGGGGAAGAAACCGAACAGGAACAUCCUUCGAGCGAGGCGGCGGGCGAGGACGAGGACGCCGUGAUCAACACCUACUACGAUAAGACCAAGUCCUUCUUUGACAACUUGUCCUGCAACGACUCCAAUAGAUCAAAUGAAGGAUUUUCAAGCAGAGAUCGAAGGCCAACUUGGGCGGAGGAGAGACGCAUGAACGCCGAGACAUUCGGCAUCCCCAUGAGGCACAAUCGAGGUCGAGGGGGCUUCCGCGGCCGAGGCUUCAUGGGGCCCCGAGGAGGGCGGGGGCGGCCGUCGAGUCGAGGCUCCUUUGGGCCGCCUCGUGGGGCGCCACCUGGCUUCAGGGGCGGAUUCAGGGGAGGGCGAGGAGGCCGGGAUUUCUCUGACUAUGAAUACGUGAAGGACAACAAGGUGGCAGCGUAGUUUCCAAGACGGAGACUCGUCAAAUGAAUAGUAGCUCUUCAACAAGGAAAUAUUCAAAUUCAAGAAAUGUUCCCUGGUCCCGACAUUUGCCAGGACGGAAGAAGACGCUCACUCAGCAGGGUCGUCCUCUCACCGGCUCCCUUGUUUUCCCUCCCCCCCGUCGUCCUUUGUUUGUUUCAUUCAUUAACAGGUGUGUAAAUAAGUCAUUCUGUUCGCAGCGACCUGUUUGUACCGUGCUCCAGAUAGCUUUAUUUUUUCCGUCUCCUUUUUCUAUUUUUACUGCCGUCUUUUUUUUUUUUUUGUGGAACGCUGCAAAGGCAGUGUCAAGGCGGUCCAAAUGAAAAACCAAAUUUGAACGCAGGAACGUGCACUUCUUCCACUUGGUACGUUUUGAAAGGCGUUGCCGCCUGGUUUUGUUGUUGGCUAAAAGGACAAAGAAGAAGCCUGUUAACUAUUCCUUCUUAUUUUCCUAAGAACGCUUUUAGUAGUUAGUCUGCCAAAAAGUUAGCAUUUUGUCGAAAGUCUUGUCUCUCGUACUUAACGACGUCAGCCAUUUCUACUCAGUUAAGAUUGUUUACUGAAGGAUCCCGAAAUUCUGUGAAGCGCUCCUGUGAAGGUUUUUGUUGUUUUUAUUAUUUUUCGUACGUGACCCUAAGAUGUCAAAAGGGACAAAAACUGGAUAUGUGCUGUCAAGAAUUUUCUCUUAUUUCUUUUUUUUUUUUGGCUCUUGGUGUGUUUCUAUUUAGGGAGUGCCUUCAAUGGGAGGGUGGGGAUUUUUCUACAGUUCUCCCUUUAAUGUAAGCUUUUGGCAAAUGUAUUGAUAAUGAAGCACUAUGAGGUGAGAACAGAACUGAAUGGGGGAGGGGGUGCUUCUGUACAACUUAGGGCGGCAUUGUUUGUAGAUGUGCUGUUUCAAGUCAAAUGUUGCACAGAUAAGCCGAACACUGCAUGAUAGCCCGAUUAGCCGGGCGGUCAAUUGAGUUGUUGACAAGAACCAAGAUCCAAAACGGGCUGUUUUUUGUUUUGUUUUUCCUAAAAGUUUGUUACCUCCAGCUUCUGGGAAUUGGAGAUCAGGAAUUGUUUUCUUGAGAAUUAUCAGCAAAGUUGUUUUUACAUAAAAAAUAAAGACUUGAAAAGAGUAAUCAAA